AUGAAGCUCUACAUUUUCCUGUCCGUGUUGGCUCUUGGCUUCCAUGGAUUGGUCGCUCAUCGUGGCGAUAGAGUGAGCUCGAGCUCGUCGGAUGAGCGGAAGGAGGUCAAUCAUAUAAAAGUACCCCUACUCUACAUCGGGCGUCAGCCAGUUUACUGCCGCGACUAUGUCAAACCGCCCAAGGGUUGCAUCUAUGAGGAC